AUGGACGCGUACAGCGGCGUGGUCGUGCCGAGCCUACCGAGUUUCUGCAACGUGGUGGACUACAUCGAGGCGCAGGACGCGGCAGCGUACUGGCAGUCGUACUUGGGUGGGGCAGAAGUCGUCACCGAUCGGGUUGUUGGUGGACUUGUCGUCAAGGACGCGGACAGGAUCAUGCAUCCGCUGAUCAGCACGGUUCCCUGCCGCGUCCGCUUCGACGACGCGUCGACGCUGUCGUCGCAGCUCAAAUGUGUGCUGACGGACCGCGUGGCGACGAUGGAGCACCCGCACGCGAGCCUGACGGAUGUCAAGCGGUGGAGCGGCAUCGAGGGCGACUUGCUUGACACGUUGCUGGUGUAUCAGAACUUACCGGGAACGAAGGACGACGUUUUGGUAACGGACUACGAAGAAGUGCGUGUGCAACACGGGGUGCAAGCAUCCAUGGAGUACGCGUUUGAGCUCAUAAUUGCGCCGGCGGGGAGCGAUGUGCGCCGACUCGCUACGCUCCUGGACGCUCCGCUCCGACAAUGA